AAAAAUGCAUGUUCACAAGUUUGUUAUAAGGAUCCCUUGUUUUUCUCUCCUUUGCCGAUUUACUGAGUCCGCAAAGACCCUCUUCUUCUUCAUCUCCAUUUGAUCUUCUCUUCUUUCUUGCUUGUGCAACUAUCUGCUCCUUAUAGGUUAUUAUGGACAAGAAGGUUCUUGAUUACACGUUGGUCCCCUUGGGCUUGUUCAUAAUGAUGGCCUACCAUGCAUGGCUCCUCCAUCGGAUCGUGAAGCACCCCACCAAGACCGUCAUCGGCGUGACCGCCAUUAAUCGGCGAUUCUGGGUUCAAGCUAUGAUGGAGGAUGUCUCCAAGACCGGCGUUCUCGCGGUCCAAACGCUGAGGAACAACAUAAUGGCCUCGACUCUGUUGGCCUCGACGGCAAUCACCCUCAGCUCCCUCAUCGCCAUCCUCAUGACCAGCGGGAACGGCAACCAAUCCUCGCUCUUCAUCUUCGGAGAUCGGAGCAAGUUUGGUUUCUCCGUGAAGUUCUUCGCCAUCCUCGUGUGCUUCUUGGUGGCUUUCCUCCUGAACGUUCAGUCCGUAAGGUACUACAGCCACACAAGCAUCCUAAUCAACGUGCCGUACAGGAAGAUAUCGCAGCACCAGCACCACCACCGGGCGAUGGUGGAGUAUGUGGCCACGACGGUGAACCGGGGGAGCUAUUUCUGGUCGCUGGGGUUGCGGGCGUUCUACUUCUCUUUCCCUCUUUUUCUGUGGAUUUUCGGUCCAAUCCCCAUGUUUUUGAGCUGUUUCGUGCUGGUUUGCAUGCUGUAUUUCUUGGAUGUCACGUUUGAGUUUGGGUGGGCUGUGGGGGCUUCUGAUGAUGAUGAGAGGAAAGAUGAGGAACUGGGAAGUGCAAUGAUGACGAGUAUCGGUGGAUUAAACAGCUGAUCUCCAACUUUACCUGAGCUUCACAAUAUAAUUUCUUUCAUAAGUUUUGCAAUCUACUAAGAUAUUAAAAUACUAAAUUGUUUCUUUAUCGAAUAUGUAUUAAAAUAUUCCUUGAACGUGGUUUGUUUAAUAAGUAAUUGCCAUAUAUUAAGCUA